UCAGCUUCAUUCUUCAGUGCCAACCGUGCCUCGUCAAUGUGAGGUGCCAGACGCUCCACUCCUGCACUCCCCCUUCCCUCUACUCGUACGUGCUGACAGUAUCUACUGCCCCUUAGUGUUACGUGAAAGGCAAGGGUUCCACGCGUCUCGUCUUGCAGCACCACCACCACCUGUUCCCACUCCCUCCCUGCACAUCCUAUUGACACAGAAGAAAAUAUUGUGAGUGCAGCAGCGGUGAGCAGUUUUGACCUCCACCAGCUUGCCGUGUCGCCUCAGCAGCACGCGUGUCAGCAGCGGGCGUCAGCUGCGUGCCGGGGGCUGUGUGUGGCACCGUGCUGACCUCGGGAUGGUGUCAGCGUGAGAGAAGAGUCACACGUUCCUCGUUCACAGAGUUUUCGCGAUGGAUGGCUACAGGACCCCGCAGGAGACUGCCGCCCUUCGUGACAUAGCUUACGUCGUCCGCUUCGGCCACUUCCCCGGCGAGGAGGAGGCGGAGGACAGAAUAGGAUUAACCGUCGCCCCAUUCCUAGAGCCUGAGGAGGAUUCUGUCAUUGCCAAAGAAGAAAGGGUCCUUACUGAGGCGCCACAGUCCCCUGCCAGCAGCAAGAACCCCUUUGAUGAGGAUGAAGACUCCAAUGACCAUGGGAACUCUUUUGCUGAUGACGGAAACCCAUUCAGCGAGGACACAGACAUCCCGGAAAGUGAUGCGAAGAAAACCUCGACUGCAGAGGAUUCGAACCCCUUCAGCGAGGACUUGAACUCUACAACGGAGAGUCAAGAUGGGUUUUCUCAGCAGUCACCGACCACCCCGAUAAUUGUGAGUCCUCCGUCAUUCUCCCAGCAGUCUGCAUCUGUCAGGGGCUCCUCUAGACAGCAUGGGGAUGAGCAGAGUAUGUCCAAGAAGGUGGUCAAGGAAGUUGUGUGUGACCUUUUCAAUGUGGCCCAGCUUGACCUUCGAAGUUUGAUGGAAGAAGUCUCAAAGAACAAGGAGCCGCCAAUGGUACACCUGCUGCUGGAGGAGCUGCGUGCUGAGGGCCUCGGUCUGCAGCCCACCACAGGCAGCUGCUCCCCGCCCUUGGUGUUCCUGAGGGCAGCGGUGGGGCCCUCCUCCCGCUUCACCACCUUCACCAGCACCUCCGCCACCCGCGCCACCCAGGACACCCUCACCAUGAACGUUAACAACAUGUAUACGGAAACUCUACUUCUAGAAAUUUGGAGUGUGCCCACCCCAGCCUCCGUGGACAUGCCAGCAGCUGCACCAAUGAUGGAUGUCCUCACUCGCCUCAUCAAGCACGCCAAGGACCGCACCAAUUCCUCUUCCCCCUUCAAGGCCAACAAGGAGGCUGCAGCACCAGGCAGUGUGACACAACCACUGGACCAUUCUCACAACAUUCCCGUCAUUGGUGUCUCUGACUGUGAGAACGGGAUGGCUGACCAGGAAGGCGGAGCUGACCCACAGGGCCUGACAGAGAUCACUCCUCCUGCAGACGAGGGUGGGAGUCCAGAGAGUGAAGACAGAGCAUCAGAGGCAGCAGAUUCCACUGACAUGGAGGGUGGUGAGGCUCAGAUGCCAGAGGACACCACUGACACACUCACCCCAAACAGGCAAGUAGUAACAAGCACUCCAAAGAACAAAUCAGGCAGUUUCCAGAGUCUUGAUGUCUCAUCUCUCAGUGACAAAGGGAGUCACAAACCCUUGGAGAAGAGCAAAAGCAAUAUAGAGAGCUUCAAGAAGCUAUCUAUCAGCAGUCUUAGAGCUUCAUUCCGUUCAAAGUCCAAUAAAAACAAGCAGAACGGAUCUGUGGCAUCCUUACAGAAAGAAAGGAGACCCUUUGACACAGCUUCCCUGGGGUCACAAGGCAGUGGCAAGGACAUGACACAUGAUGGCUCCAGCAGUGGCCCAUGGUGUGAGGGUGAGAAUACUGAUGUGGACCACAAUCAGCUGGACCGUGAAAAGUCCCGCAGCACACUCAGCAUCACAUCCUUUUCCCGUAUGAACCUCAGCCUCCGCCUCUCAUCCAAGAAAGCAUCACAGGUCAUGAGGAGGAUUGGCAGCAAAAAGAACAAGGUGUCCCGAAGUGAGAGUUCCACUCCGGUGCCUUCCAGACGACAGCAGCAGCAAGUCUACACAAUAGAGAACUCUCCUGAAAAUCUCCAGAAAUACACAGAACCUGAGGCCUCAUCACCUCCUCGCAGGACUGAAGCCACAUCUUCCCCAGAGGAGGAAGCACUUAGCCGCACUCCUCACACAAGGAAGUCCAUUCGCAACAUGUUCAAGCCUCGAUCCCUAAGGACUUUCCGCAGCCUUGGGGACACCACCACCAAGUCUCCUGUCCAGCCAGACAAGAGUGACAGCACAGAUGAUGCCCACAACAGAGCAGAUAGUGUUGUGCAAGAUUCCAAGCAAGCUCCUCAGAAUCCCAAGGAAAUUCAAGAGUACUUGUCUGAGCUUGGCAAGACACAUCUGAAGGCUGAGCUGCUUGCCCACACCAGCAUUCCCAUCAAGAGCUUAGUUGGUAUGUGGAAGAAGGAAGGAUGGCUGGCGCUCACUGUGGUGAAGAAGGAAUCAGUCCCAGGCCAAAAGAAGAAGAAAGGCACCAGGCCAGGUGAAGAGCAGAGCAAGGACAGAGCUGGGUGCAGGUUCCACAUAUGCCUCACCCUGCCCUCCCCGGAGACUGAGCUGGCUGUGUCUGGCUAUGACACUUACUAUGUGGCUCUGCGGAAGCUGGUCCAUGCCUACCUCAGCACAUUGCGUGGCAGUCUGGCAGGCUACCGUGGGGAAGUGGGUCCAGCAGGUGACAUCCUUCUGGAGCAGUUGACCUUCUUUUCACGGAUGUCUGAGAAGCACAAGUGCCUUGCCAAGUGGCUGGUCAUGGCGGAGGUGAAGUCUGGCGACCCAGGCAUCCUACUGCCUCUCCUGCGGGCUGUCAAGACACACCUGGAGGCAGGCGUUUACCUCACUGCUCAGAAGCGUCAGCUGAGCAUUGCCUUGGUCACCUGGGUAAGGAAGGUUCUGUCAGAUGAAUUUGAGAUGUUGCAUUCCUCAUUCCCCAGAAGAGACGGAAUGCUUGAGCUGGCCAGACUGGAAGACUUCCUCAGGUGCUUCAACACAGUGGAGAAUUGUUAUGAGCUGCGGAUACUGUUUGAGCGAGAGGCAGCACUACAGGGCCAUAACGCAAUCUCUGACCUUCUUCAGGAUGUUCUUGUCAAACAUGCUGAUACCUGGGUAGAGGCACUAAGCAAGGAGAAACUAAAGCAGGAGGUGUCUGGAGGAGAGAAUGAUGCAAGGGAUGUAACCACUGCCACCACUAGCGAUGUCAGAGCCUGGGUAGUGUGGCAAGACUCUCUUCGCCGAGCCAGCAUACUCACCAAGCCUGUCCUGGACUUUCUCUUCAUCUCCUUCCAUACUUACCAGCCAAUCUUUAUGCUGGAGCUCUCAGUAGACUACAUGUACCUGGUGCUGCCCCGGAUGCUGAAGGCAGCGGCUCACCUCCUCAACCCCAUGCUCAAGUUUGACGUGGACGGCUCCGUGCCCUACGUGGGACCCAAGGACCUGGCAGCCGCUGCUCAGGCCACCUGGGUGCUCAUCACUAACCUCAGCAGUAUCAACAAAAUUGGAAUCGACAGUCGGCUGCCUCAGCAUCUCAUCCUGCCGGCAUAUCGGGACGCCUUCUCAGUGGUGAUGUACCAUUGGCUGGUACUCAGCAAGCACCUUGCACUGCAGGAGUUCCACAAGGACAUUCAGGAGGACCAGUUUGAGGCUGUUGACCACACACAGGGCUACAGCCAGUCUGCUAUGGGGGUGGCUGACCUCAUGAAGGCGAUGAUGAAACGCAUGUGUGGUGUGCAGUGGCCGGGGGGUGUGGUUCCAGGGCCAACCACCCUGCAGGCAAUGGGACAGCAGUUGAUGGAGCUGGCAGCCCAGUAUGCUGAGGAGGUGACCCAUGCCUAUGUCAGCAUUGCAACACAAGGCAACAACAUCCCCACAGAGGUGUGUGUGGUGGUGAGGAAUGUGGAGCAUGUGUGUGAUGAAGUACGGAAGCACCUGCAGCAUCUGGUGGAGCUGGCGGGGGAGGCUCAGGAAGUGGCACAUCAGCUGCAGGACCGCAUCACGCACCUGCCAGAGCAUGUGGAGGACUCUGCAGAGGCUCUCCUGCGACAAUGUCUCCCAAACUUUGAGAAGUUGGUGACGAGGGCAGUGAGGGAAGGUGACACAGAACACAUUGUCAAAACACUGGAGGAAGCAAUACAGCCAGUGCAGGACAUACUCUACUUCGCUGAGCCACUGCUCCACCAGCUGUGGUACCGACUGGUGGAUCACGUGGAGCAGCUCAAGGCCUUCUAUGUGCAGGGUGAUAAUCGUGAGGACUUGCGGCAGCUGAGAGCCAUCAUGGAGAGUGGUCAUGAUUUCCUUACUGACAAAGAAGGCAUUGGCCUCACUUUGCUUGAAGAAGUCACCCAGAAGUAUGACUCAAUACAAGCAGAAUUACGGCUGUUAGGUGCCACUUCAGCUGAGCUCAUGUCGCAGUUUUACCAAAUACGGUACCAAGACCAGCAGAAGGAGGACUCCUCAACUGGGAGAGUUCUUGUUUUCAAUGCAAUGUUCACCACGGACGGCCUGCGGGUCCAUGUGGUGCAGGCUCCAGGCUCACCGCCAGCCACCUCACUGGUCAAGGUUCGGCUGGAGCCCUUCCAGUGGUUCCCUGCAGUGGAGCCCCUAAAGACACACCUUGCCAAAGGGGAUCCUGCUGUCUUUGAUGAGGUCUUAGUAUUUCCUGGAGUGACGGAUGAUUGUAAGGAGGCAGGUGGUGUGCUGACGCUGCAGGUUCGCUCUCCACGCCUCUUGAGCAGCUCCAUUGUGCAUGAUGAGACCAUUCUGCCUCUCUCCGAGCUGCCAACUGUCUCUGAGGCUGAGAUGUUCAAUAUUCCUCAUCUGCGCCUACCACUUACUCGACCUUGGGACUUCAAAUCAUACAAACCUUUGGAGGCACUCAUGACCCGCACACAGGACAAGUCUGCAGUGGAUUUCCUGAAGACACUGAGUGACCGCUGGAAGCCAGGGGAAAGCUCAGACCUCAUCUCUGACAAUGCUAAGCUGCGAGCAUCCUUUGGCCGCUCAGGCAGUGUCAGGAGCAUCAAGAAUGCUGCCAAGAAAAGUCCACGCAGAGGUACUAUUGUUAAAUGAUAAGGUAUUUCCUCAAAUGCAAUGAUGAGAGCUGGGCUCUUCUCUCCUGAAAGUCAUCCUGUCUUUUUCUGUCGGCUGUUGUUCAGUUGGUGUUUACAUUUACAUGGAAACUCCAACACAAAAUUGAUGAUAAACAUUAGGAUCACUUCAUCUGUAUACUUUCUUAAUUCAUGCAUUCAUUAGUUUUAUUAAAACUGAAAUUAUGUCAUAAUAACAACCCACUGGCACUUAGUUUCAUGCUGUAUUGUGGACAAACAUGCUAAUUUAUUAUUUUUUUAUUUCAAAGGAGAUUGAGAAAUCCACUGUGUUUGUGAUAAGAUUAACUCAAAAUUAACAUAAUCAGAUAGGUGGUGAAAAUCACUGAGUCACGAGUGACGACACAACUUUAAAGCAGGAGUCUGACAAAGGUGCUUUACUUAGUCAUGCAAACACUGUAACCAUAUUUCUCUGUCUUUCAUGGUUCAUUCAUCUGGUGGGCUCCUCUAACUCAGGCAGCAUGACUGAGGAAGAGGAAGCUGUAGUUGUUGUUGUGGCAGUCACAUAAAAGUACUCCACAUGGGAUGGCAGCCUAAAUGUAUGAUCUCUGUGAACCAAGAGGUGCCUUCACCACUCUAUUGUUAUCUCAGUUAGACAAGUAGAUGGGUAUAGUACCCUCCUGAGUCUCAUGCUAUCUAAAUUUUGCAAUCCUCAAGUUUAAUGCUUCCCCUUGGAAGAAAGCAAGCACGAAACUUGAGAGGGUACUGUGGAUAGAUUUGUAGGAAUAGAUUUUAAUGCGUGGAUUAUAUCUGAAGUUAGUCAAAGGUUUUGUCUGAAACUAGUCAAAAGCAGCUUAUCCCUCCUGCCCUUCCUGCAUGCUUGAAGCUAUCCCUGGGUUGUAGUGAAGUAUUGUGUAUCUUGGAUAUUUAAAAAUCACAGUCAGUGUGUAAUUUAUUGUUUUUUUUAUCUUACAGUUGUUUUAUAAGCAUCUUCACAUAACAAUAAUAAUAAUAAUAAUUAUAAUAAUAUUAAUAAUAAGUGUUCACAAAACACACUAGUCUCAGUGUACUGACCCUUCUGAUGUUUCUGGAACCUUACCUAAUAGUUACUCUGAUUGCCUUCAGAUCUCCUCACCAAGGUAUUUUCUUCUGGACUGCACACACAUGUAUUUGUUUCUCUGCUGGUAACAUCCAAUAACAACAACUGAUACAUUAUGAUUAACUAUUAUGAUUGAUGUAAAUAUUCACAUCUGUCUGGCACCAUUUAGAGAAUUCAUUGACAUGUUUUAUAUAAAUAUUUAGCUAAUAAAACAAAUGUGCAGUGUUGUGUAUAUGCUUAUAAAGAUAUAACUUUGCCUGAGUCAAAUGAACUCCAUAACACCUUAGCUACACAUUUUGAGGAAGGCAUAUGUUAUCACUAUGCAUUAUUUAUAAAUACUAACAGCACUGAAGAACAGUGUUGUAUACUUUUAUAACAUUUCCAUUUUCUUCCUAACAGAAAUGGAUUUUCGUGUGUUUUAUUUCAAUAUCUAUAACCAUUUAAAGUGGUAAUGAAUGAAUAAUAUGUAAUCUAGCAACUUUUAAAACUGAUUUUGUUGUAUUUUAUUAAAGUGUCCAGUGUUUUUUCUAUACAUAAAGCCGUAUGCUUAUUA